GAGGAGGCCAGUAGGGCAUUUGGCUCGCUGGACCACAGGGUUAGGUCUCAGGUGGGUUCGUUAGUUGGGUUCACAUGUCUUGUAUAGUCCCUACUCGCAUUACCACGAAUGAAGCUGUCAGGUGUCAACAACAAAAGAAAGGUUGCUUUUGUGCCUUGCAUUCCGCUGCAAUUUGCUAAUAGCUCAAAAAGCCUCGUCUGGAUGCUUCUAUUUUCUUCUUCUUCUUCUUCCUUUUCAAUUUUCUCUAUAAACAGUCACUUCGUGUCUCUCUCGAUUUAAAUAUAGGUUUUUUCUUUUGCUUCUUCACAAUUACUCUAUUUUCAAUUUUACCAAUCUAAUUCAUGCUCGGAUCCGAUCCGUCCGCUAUUCAUUUCCACAAAUUACACUUCAAAAUUCUGAGAAAACUUUUUCUGUCCCCCUGUUUUCAGAAAGCUUAAGAGCUGGGCGAGAAUUGAGUUUUUCUUUUUGAUAAAUAUUUCCAGUUCGUUCUGUAGUGGCGGACUGAGUUUGAAGAGUUUAGGUGGGUGUUAGGAUUAGUGUUAGUCAUGUUCUAUGGUGCAGUGGUAUGGGAUCCGUGGCUAAUUGUUGCCCAAAUAGCGUGCCUUCAAUGUCUUUACUAUCUCACGCUUGGUUUUUUCUUAUCCAUUCUUGUUGGGACUCGGGUGUCUCGCAUGAGCCUCGUCUAUUUCUUUGAUUUUGUUGCUGUCACCACAUCUACCAUCACCGGUUGGUGUGUUGUCACAUCCUUUCUCCUCAGCUCCAUUGCUGGAGCUGGAUUUAUGCAUUACUUGAUUGAGAGGGCAAAGAAGUGCUUAGAUUUUUCUGCAACCCUCUACAUCAUACAUCUCUUUAUAUGCAUUAUAUAUGGAGGUUGGCCUUCCUCACUAGCAUGGUGGAUUGUGAAUGGUAUUGGACUAGCAGUGAUGGCUUUGCUAGGUGAAUAUCUGUGCAUUAGACGUGAACUCCGAGAGAUUCCAAUCACACGAUACCGAUCAAAUAUUUGAUUGUCAAGGAAUACUCGGACAGCAGGAACAAGCUUUAUUCUGGGCCCAUACUUUGCUUGUCGAAUGAUUUGAAGGAGCUCCUGGGUGAAGCUUGAAAUCCGAACUAUGAUAGGAUGAUAGCUAUAGUCUUCUAAUUCUAUCGGCUGUGCUGAAGAUAAUGAUACAAGAUGGCCACAGAAAAUCAAGAUGUUUGUUAAUGAUGGGAAGAUGGAGAAUGCAAGACUAGGUAUGCAUUGUGUCAUGAAAAUAUAAUUGUAAAAUUUGUGGAUAGUUUCUGGGAAAGAUGUUUCUUGUUUUUCUGAUAUUAUUUUCUUGUUCAGUGCCUUAUUUUAUAUGACAUUUGGAUGAAUUUCUCUGAA